AUGGUGAUGGACACCUACAUGUCGUUCAUAAAUAACUUGCGCCGGGCGCGGGAGACCAUCAAGGCGGCUGCGAGUUCGCGGCCAGCGUUCGCCCGCUUCCUAGAGGCGAUGGCGCGGGAUCACAAGGGAAAACUCUCCUUAGACAACUUACUCAUUAAGCCUGUACAGAAGUUUCCCAGCUACAAACUGCUUAUACAGAGGCUUAUUAAACAUACGGAUCAAUCUCACCCAGAUCAUAAGCUCCUUCUUGAAGCUCAGAAAGAAAUUCACGAAUUAUUAGAACUGAUCAACUGCACGGAGCGAGAGAGCGUGGAGUUGGAGGCGCAGCAGGCGGCAUUACGAGACCUGGAGGCGUUAGUGGAAGGUCUGAGUGGGUUCGCGCAGGCGGAUCGCACUUUCAUACGAUACGAACCCGUCACUAUGCCCGCGGCCUCGCAGGGGCCCAACGUGCUCAAGGAUAGAGCGCUGUUCCUGUUCAGUGAUACGCUGCUCAUAACGAGUGUGAAGAGAAGGACGGGAACUAUCAAGAAACCCAUUCCAACAUACCAAAGUAAUAUAGCGAGUCUGAUGGAGGGCACCAAGCAUAAACUUUUGAUGAGGAUACCCCUCGCUGAUCUCGAAAUAGUGAAGGCAAAAGACGAGAAUCUGAGGCGCGUGAUGCAGGAAGUGGAGACGCUGACGCAGGACGUGGCGACGCUGACGCGCAUCUCGGAGCAGGUGGCGGCGCUGCACGCCCCGCACGCCGCGCUGGAGGAGGCCGUGCGCGACUUGCUCGCCGCCGCCGCGCGCCAGCUCGCCGACAGGCACGCCAGCGACACGCAGCUCUGCUGCAUGGAGCUCAGCGUCGGCACCGCGAAUGGACCAGAAAAUUUGACGAUUAUAUUUCAAAAACCGGAAAAGAGAAGCAGCUGGGAGGAGUUGAUAAACGAAACGAAACAAAAAUUAUGCGUGCUGGGCGGGGAGCGCCCGGCGCCGGAGUUCCUGUCGCCGGUGCCGAUCCGCAAGACGCGCGCGGGGCUGCAGUUCACCUGCGCCGCGCCCACCACGCCGCCGCCCGGCGCGCCGCCGGACGUCUGGGUGUGCAACAGCGACGGGUACGUGGGGCAGGUGUGCGUGCUGUCGCUGUGCCCGCGGCCGCAGGUGUCGUCGUGCAACGGCGUCUGCAACGCGCGCAUCCUGUGCGUCGCCUGCGUGCCGCCGCUGCCGCCCACGACCAACGCUUCCAGUUCCUCAAACAAUUCUAGUUCAACCAAACCCGGCAUCAGUAUAUCGGAUCCCAACGACAGCUGUAAAAAUAUCCGACUAGACAGCUCUUCUUCGAGCGACGACGAAGAUGAAGGUUCGUCGGCGAGUUCGAGCGCGGAACCUGAUAGGAGGGGCGAGGAGAAGCGGGCGGAGGGCGCGCGCGCGGGGUCGGGUGCGGGGCCGGGGGCGGCGGGGGCGCUGACCCCCGCGCACGCCAAGAGCCUGAGCGCACCCGCUCCGCCUCCGCCGCUGCACCCCGUCACCAAGUCCAGUUCCAACCCCGCCGUCGAUAAGCACAUGGGCAUCGCUACCGGCACCUUGUCGUCGCCCGCGAGCCGGCAGUCGUCGGAGGACGCGAGCGGGGUGGGGGCGGGAGCGGGGACGGGGGCGGGGGCGGGGGCCAGCAUGUGGCUGGGCACGGAGGAUGGCUGCAUCCACGUGUACAGCUGCCUCGACAGCAUCCGCCUCAAGAAGAACAAGCUCAAGAUGCAGCACACCGCGCCCGUGCACUCCAUCGUGUCGGUACCAUUGUCAUAUAUCUAA